AUGGUCGCGACAUCCUUGCAGAAGGUAGCGAACUCCGCUCUGUGGGCCGUGAGGUUAGCUCUGAUGGCAACAACAGCGUCCUCGAGCAUCUGCAGACACACUCUAAAGCCGGGGGUCAAGUCUAGUAUGGAAGAGUCAGAAGACAGCUCCUGGGUCUACUCCUGCUCGUGGAUAGCAAUUGGAUCAACUAGUGCAUCGUCCGCUGCCGGAGCUACUGCUGCUGUCUCUGCUGGUGUCGGGGCUGCCUAUGCUGCUGCCUCCUCCUCUAACUCCAGCUCUGCAGCUGCCAUGAUAGGAACCUCUCUCGGGGUUCUCCUGCGGGUGGAUGGGAUAACGCUGGUCAAUGAGAAUCUGGGUGAUGAGGUGGCUGAAUGGAAAAGACUUGGCCCUUCCGGGGGCCUCUUUGCUGACAUACUCAUCGUAGGGCUUCCUCAUCACGCUCUAGAUAAGCGCAGGAAUAGACACCCAGUGGCCGGUUUAGAGAAAUCUCCGAGUUUGAACAACUUAGAGAUCCUUGAUUUGAGUGAUAAUCUCUUCAACAAUGACAUCUGGUCAUUUAUGCAAGGACUUCCAUCACUCAAGACACUGUAUAUGAUAGAAUUGAAUGUAAUCAUUCAAAGUAGAGACUUGCAUAACCUCACGAAUGUGGAAAACCUGUUCUUGGAUAAUGCUACUCUCAGUAAUGACUUCCUUCCAAGCAUUCAAGUCAUUGACAGCCUGAACAACGAAUUGUUGGCCGAAACAGAGUUUGAUCAGACCUUGGUUGGUGGCCCAAGUUUUCAACUAAUUGGCAUCCGUUUAUCUGAUCGUGAAUUUGGCAAUGUCAAGAGUAGUAGUACUGGAGCCUUUCCCAACUUCCUCUACUACCAAAAGGACCUCCAACAAGUUGAGCUUUCAGUUGCCACUCCUUGCCAAGACCGGGCUUCUAGCAUUGGACAUAUCCAAAAAUCACUUCUGUGGCAACAUUCCAGAAAACAUUGCUAUGGCUUUUCCGGUCUGAGAACAACAUUACGGGGACUAUACCUUCUUGCUUCAACAUGGAAGACAGAGCGUGUUCAUCUGUCUAAAAAUAGGCUGCAAGGACCAUUUCCACAUGCAUUUUACAACAGCAGCUCAUUAGAGAUCUUAGAUCUUUCAUACAACAACUUCGCCGGUCACAUUCUGAACAUGAUUAUUAAUAUAACCCUUUCUAGGUUGAGAAUUCUUCUCUUGAAAAGUAAUCGCUUUGAGGGCGAGAUCCCCACCAAUUUAUGCGGCUUGACCAAGCUGGGGGUGAUUGAUCUUUCUCAUAAUAACUUUUCUGGCUCUAUUCCUCCUUGUCUAAGUCACAUCAGUGUUCAGGGACCAACUCAGAGAACUAUACCUAGUUUUCUAAUAAUUCCCUAUUUACAGUUAAGUGAGUUCACGUUAUUCUUAGUUGACUUGAAGCUGAUGUCAAAAGGCAGACACAACAUAUACUAUGAUUCAAUAAUUAUUGUUCGUACAAAGGCACAAGUAGUGUUCACAAUCAAAAGAGUUGCCCGCUCUUACAAGGGAAUCAAUCUUGAUCUCUUCUCAGCAAUUGAUCUCUCCUGCAACAAAUUGACUGGCCACAUACCAAAUGAAUUUGGAAACCAAGGCGAAAUCAAGUCGCUUAACCUGUCUCACAAUGCCCUGAGCGGGACGAUCCCAACAACUUUUUCAAAUCUGAAUAAUAUAGAGAGCUUAGACCUCUCCUUUAACAACUUGAGUGGAGAAAUUCCUUCACUGCUUACUGAGCUACGCUUUCUGGCCGAGUUCAAUGUCUCGUACAGUAACUUAUCUGGCAGCAUACCACGGAGUCAAAGUAUUGUCCAAUUCGAUACAUUUGAUAAUAGUAGCUACAUCGGGAAUCCUCAUCUUUGUGGACCACCACUUUCAAGAACUUGUACUGCCAUUGAGCCAUGGUGA